AUGGCUCACGCUCUCGCUGAGGAGGGUUAUCAAGCAUACGAUGAGAGUGAAACUCGGCGAGGCCCUUUGCGUCCCUACUACUCCGCACCCCUUCUACCUCAGGGUGUUGGUCAUAGCCACUCGAACACUUUCUUGAUGGCCAUCUCUCCGCCCCCCCUCCAAUAUGAGAUCUCUACUGCAACAUCUCCCCUCACGCCACUUCCGGAAGGUUAUUACCUCGAUCAUGAGCACGGAUCCGAGUGUGAAGAUGAAGAUGCCCAGGCUACAGAUGACAUUGGAAGAUCUCAUGAGAUGUCGACUUGGCUGUUUGAUGUAGUCGAAGCGCUCAGACUUGAACAAUGGAACUGGCUGGCUUACAAAACGCCUACACUAUGCUCCUUGUCUCAAGCCUCAGCCGCUGCUCUGGAGGAUCCGGUGGAGAUCUUCUCCUAUCCUCAUUCCGAUCCAUGGACAACUUUUAGGGAUCUUUUACGUGAUCGGUGGGAGGGAUUAGCUGCUUCCAGCGUGAUCAGCAAAGAGACAGAACGACUUGUAUCGAUGGACGAUGAGUACAAAAGCAAUCAUAACCUGACCAAUGAAGCCGGGUUGAGCCAUCAUUCUGCGGUGGCACUUGCACGAUUGCUUGAGCUGCUGGCUAAACAGCUGGAUCCAUCUGCGCUAUUGGAAGUCGCUGGAGAGCGUGGUGGCAAUACAGUUGACUGGAUGAUCAAUCUCAGGACGAGCAAUCAAGGUCGAGAAGGCACGUGCGCCGUUGCCAUCGAAUUGAAACCAAUUUGGAAUGCGAAUCCUGAACAUUUCGGUUUGAUUGAAGAGUUCGCCCGGCGAAGCACCAGAAAUUCGCCGUCUCUGCUGUAUCAUGUGAAGAACACAGGUAUUAUUACGGAGCCAGCAUUGGAUCCCCACUCUGCCCGACUGCUGGCUCAACUUCUGGGAUACAUGCGCCGGUAUCAAAUUCGAUUCGGAUGUAUAUAUAACGGUGACAUUCUCCUUGCCUUGGAACAGAUCGAUGACGGCCGAUUUUGCUUGCUGCCUCCAUUACUUACCGAUCCUGAGAAGCCAGUGAACUUUGUUCUAGCAAUAAUGGCUCUUACCAACUAUUCCGAUCGGAAGCUGAGCGACGAGGCCUCGCAGGCAUGGUCCUUUGCAUCACAGGGUAUGGAGGGCGACUUCUUUGAUGACCUCUCAGAAGCUGAAGCAUUUCAGGAGCUCGAAGGAGAAGAAGAAAAGCAAGAAGGGGAAAACGGCUACGGUCAAGGUGACCGGCCUGAGUCAUAUGGAGAAAAAGAGGUAGAUGAAGAUAUAUAUGAAGAUAUGGAUGAAGAUGCAGAGGUAGAAGAGGACGAUGAAAUGGAUAACGACACAAGUGCAACCUAUCUCCCUGACGACGAUGUUACUGAGGAAGAUUACGAUUAUGAAUCCGACCGGUCAGAAGCAUGA